AUGGAUAUCACCAAAUUCGUGAUCUCUCUCAGAGAGAAGGCACUGCUGUACGGUGACUACUCGACAUACUGGUCGCAGCUGUCAGGCAAGCUGCUCAACAGUCGCAAGAAACUCAACAUUGCGACCAAGAGUCGUGGGAAAUUCAACCCCAAGGCACCCCUCACCCCUGAGCAAAUCGCCGAGAAUCAUGAAUACGUUUACCUCCAGCUGCUGACGGCCGAGCGGGCAUGGGCCCACGCCAUGUCCAUGAAGGCUUCCCACACGGCCGACACCAAGGGCAUGACGGGCAAGGCUCGGUCGCACAUUGUUUCGAGGCUCGAGAAAGGUGCCCGCACCGCCGAGCGGCUGGCCCAGGCUCUCUCAUCGAGCGCGAGCGGCGCAUCCCCCGCCAACACCCUCGACGCCCGUGCCUACGCCGCCUUGCUCAGGGGAGCGGCCUUGUUUGAGAAGCAGAGCUGGGAUGCGUGCCUCAAGAGCUACGCGGUAUGCCGCAUCAUCUAUAGCGCACUUGCGACUUCCGCGAAGGGCGACGUCUUCAAAGAUCUGCUGUCCGAGACCAUCGACCCGCCUCUACGUUACGCCGCGUACCAAGCCAAGAUCCCACGCACGCAGCCCAUCCCUACCAUUGCACGAAAAGCCUUUGAGUCCGCCGACCCCGAACUUGCAGACCAGAUCAAGGAAUUAAACCCCGCCGUUCUAGAACACGGCGACCCUGAUGCAACGAAGGGGGCUGAGGGAGCUCCGACCACCCUGACAUGGCGGGGUAGAGAGGUCAAGAUCGAAGACGCCGCUAUCGCCGUCGCCUGGGCUGCCGUGGGCACGGCGAGAGGUCAACUGUCUGAGAGGCUGGCAACAGCAGGGACGCUACAUCCAAAGGACAUGGCCGCAGCCUACGACGAGAUUCUGAUUGCGAGCCAGGACGCCGUCGAUGCUACUAAGCAGGCCAUUGACGAGCUAAGAGCUGAGGGUGUCACACAAGGCGAUGCGCGCAUGCAAAGCCUUCAGAUUACGCGGACGGCCGUGAACUACGAAAUGAUCAGCUGGCGUAUUGGCCGCAACAGGGUCUUGGUGGGCGAAAAUGACGGCGUGAAGAUGGAAUUUGGACCCACCUCGCGAAGGAAAAGGCAGACGGAAGAAUCAGAAGCAGACAGAAGCAGAGAUGAAGCACCGGGUCGGCAAAUCGCUAGGCUAAAGGAGAAAGUCGUGCUGUACGACGGUAUCUUGCAGAGUCUGGAAUCCAUCAAGGAGCUUCCCGGCGUAGCCAACGAUCAAGACCUAUCCGGGCGGCUAGAAGCGACGUCGCAGUAUUUCGCUGCCCUCAAGUAUGUCCCCCUCUUUUUUUACGCCCUCUCGCUUUCACCAAACAGUCAACUAACCCCCCAAAGAUCCCUUACCAUUGCCCGAUCCCACGCCAUCGCCGGCAACACCGUCAACUCCCUCGCUCUAACCAAGCACGCCCUCAACCAAACCACCGCCGCCACCCCCUCCAUCUCAGGCCCCCAAAACGACGACGCCGAGGACGACGCCUUCACCCCGCGCAACAUCCAAGUCUUCAAGCGCGACCUCGCCCUGCUGCACGACACCCUUACCGGCGAGCUGCAGCGCGGCCGCGCCCUGGUCGAGAUCUUCAACUCGGCCAACACCAAAUCCGCCGCCCAGCCCUCCACCACCACCACCACCGGCAAACCGCCGCUGUCCAGCCGCCUAAACGACUACCCAGCCGGCGGCGUCGACCUCGAGAACAUUGUGACCUACCCGCCGCGCCUCGAGCCCUUCCCCGUGAAGCCGCUGUUCCUGGACGUCGCCUGGAACUACAUCACCUACCCCGGAAAGGGCGGUGCUGACCAGCAGCAGCCGCAGCAAGUAGGCGUCGCGGAGAGCGCUGCCGCCGCUGGCGGUAGGGUGCAGCAGCAGGAGGAUGAGGGCGAUGCCGGUGCUGGCGUGGCGGAGUCAGAGGCCAAGCCGCAGAAAAGGGGAUGGUUCGGGUUUGGGCGGUCUUGA